UUGUACCGUGUACUAAAUUUUAGUUUUGUUUGAUUUUUUAUAUACCCGGCGUACGAUAUAUUUUCAUUUUAUACUUUAACUAAUUAACAUUAAAUCGAAAUUUGCAAAAAUGUUGGCAAAUAUUAAAUUGUUUGCUGUUACAAAUUCGGCCAAGAAAUUGUGCACCAUUGGAGCUUUGCGCAAUUUGUCCACCUCAACGCCCACUACGAAAACUCAGAAAAAUAAUAUUGUACUUGUUGAUGGCGUGAGAAGUCCAUUUUUAUUAUCAGGAACAACUUACUCAAAAUUAAUGCCACAUGAAUUGGCGCGCCAUUCCCUUUUGAGUCUUUUACGUAAAACCAAACUAGACAAGUCACUUAUCGAUUAUAUUGUCUAUGGCUCAGUUAUACAAGAAGUGAAGACAUCUAAUAUUGCCCGUGAGGCAGCUUUAGCAGCUGGUUUUAGUAAUAAAACUCCCGCUCAUACGGUUACCAUGGCUUGUAUUAGCUCAAAUGUGGCAAUCACUACUGGCAUGGGUUUAAUUGCUACCGGCACUUAUGAUACUAUUGUAGCUGGUGGUGUUGAGUUUAUGUCCGAUGUUCCAAUUAGAUUUUCCCGCAAAAUGCGUUCCCUCAUGCUGAGAGCCAAUAAGGCCAAGACAUUGGGCCAACGUUUGGCAUUGCUCUCGACAUUUAGACCUAACUUUUUGGUGCCCGAACUACCGGCUGUUGCAGAAUUUUCAUCUGGAGAAACAAUGGGUCAUUCGGCCGAUCGCUUGGCUGCUGCAUUCAAUGUUUCACGCCAAGAACAGGAUGAAUACGCUUUAAGAUCCCACACUGUGGCUCAUGAAGCUCAAGAAAAAGGAUACUUCACAGAUUUAGUGCCAUUUAAAGUUUCUGGAGUUGAUCAGUUGGUAUCUAAAGAUAAUGGUAUUCGAGUGUCGUCCAAGGAACAAUUGGGUAAAUUGAAACCAGCUUUCAUUAAGCCACAUGGUACCAUAACUGCCGCCAAUGCCUCGUUUCUUACUGAUGGUUCUUCUGCUUGCCUCAUAAUGACUGAAGAAAAAGCUAAGCAAUUGGGCCUAAAACCUAAGGCUUACUUACGUGAGUUUACAUAUGUGUCCCAGGAUCCCGUGGACCAAUUACUUUUGGGACCUGCUUAUGGUAUUCCCAAGUUGUUGAACAAAGCCGGUCUUGGCCUAAAGGAUGUAGACACGUGGGAAGUUCAUGAAGCUUUUGCCGGUCAGAUUGUGGCAAACAUUAAAGCCUUAGAAUCCGACUGGUGGUGUAAGACCUACUUGGGUUUGAGUGAAAAAUAUGGAGCUCCAGACAUGAACAAAUUUAACAACUGGGGUGGCUCUCUCUCCAUUGGUCAUCCUUUCGCUGCUACUGGUGUACGCUUAUGUAUGCAUACUGCCAACCGUCUUGUAAGAGAGGAUGGUAAAUUUGGUGUAGUAGCUGCUUGUGCCGCUGGCGGUCAAGGUGUCGCUAUGCUCCUAGAAAGAUAUCCCGGAGCUACAGCUGACUAAAUCCGAUCCGAUUACUUUUUCUCAAUUUCUUAUAUACCUUGUUUUAAACAUUUAAGCCGAUAUUUAAUAUAUGUAAUUUAAAAAGUUUACUAAGCUAAAGAAACUGCAUUUUUCGAGUCAUCCACAUCUACCUAUGUAUAUCCCAUUAAUUUUAUGUACUUUUACUCGAACAUAAAUCAAAAAUCAAUACACGAGUAUAAAAAUUUAAUAAAAACAAUUUUAUAUUAUUUUAAAAACAAACAUACAA